AUGCUGCAUCACCUGAUAUUUCUCACUGGCAUGUUGUUUGUAUGCCAAGAGAUACUUGCAGUUCCCAAGUGUUCAGUGGAAAGAAGCAUUGCAAACUAUGACGCGUGCAACCUCACUCAAGUUCCAUCUGUGCCUGAAGAUAUUGUUACACUCUCCUUAAACUUGAAUUACAUCACGGAAAAGGUUUCUCCUGUAACCAUAGGAAAAGAGGCUUUUAGAAACUUGCCAAACCUUCAGCUACUGGACUUAGGUGGCAAUAAGAAGAUUCAUCUGGACCCAGAUGCUUUUGUGGGCCUACUGAACUUGCGUACACUUAGGCUGUAUUAUAAUAAACUUACAGAGUCCAUUCUGGAAGGAUCUUACUUUCAAGAUUUGGUCUCUUUGGAAUAUCUGGAUCUUGCUCUUAAUUACAUCACUCGGCUUCAUCCUCACCCUUUAUUUUACAACAUGACAUCUUUGAAGAUUCUGGACUUUAAAUUAAACCGUAUUGAAACCAUAUGUGAAGGCAAUCUUGAUAGCUUUCAAGGAAAAGAUUUCACACUGUUAAAUCUUGAUUCUACUUCCGUGUAUAGCAGAAAUCCAGUAGACUGGCCAAGUUGUGGGAAUCCUUUCAAGAAUAUUCGCAUUGAAACACUGGACAUAAGUGGCAAUGGCUGGGAUAUAGCUAUAACACAGCAAUUCUUUAAGGCUAUUCAGGGAGUGCCGGUUCAGUUUUUGAAGUUCUCUCAUCACAUCAUGGGAGCUUCAUAUGGCUUUAAUAACCUCAAGGAUCCAGACAGUGAAACGUUUGCUAGUCUUACUAUGAGAGGCCUUCGUUUACUUGAUAUUUCACAUGGCUUUAUUUUUUCUCUUAAGGCAUAUGUGUUUCAAUAUCUUUAUUCUUUGGAGAGGCUCGAUCUUAACAACAAUAAAAUAAACCAGAUUAAAAAAGCAGCAUUUUUCGGUCUCAGGAGCCUGAAAGAACUAAACCUGUCAUAUAAUCUACUAGGUGAACUCCUGGAUUACACUUUUGAAGGACUUGAUAACAUAACUUCUAUAGAUUUGACACAUAAUCAUAUUGGAGUGAUUCAUCAAGCCCCAUUCAAAUAUUUGCUAAAACUUCAGACACUGGCUCUCCAAGAUAAUGCCCUAAAAGCAAUAGACUCACUCCCACCAAAUCUCUUGCAUGUUCUGUUAGGCAGCAAUCGGCUGAAGUUUAUAUUAAACACUAUAAAUGUUACCUUCCUUGACUUGCAGGAAAACAGAUUGGAAAAUCUGGGUUAUCUCUAUAAACUUCUCCAAUUUCCAGAUUUGCAGUAUGCACUUUUAAGAUACAAUCGUUUAUCGACUUGCAACAACUAUAGUAAUACUAUACCUGAAAACAAUCAAUUAAUUUACUUGGAUCUGGGCAACAAUAUGUUAAGGCUUGUAUGGGAGAAGAAGUCAUGCUUUGAUGUAUUCAAGGCACUUUCCAGGCUUCAAGUCCUCCAUCUCAAUAAUAACUACCUUAGUUUCCUUCCAGAGGACAUCUUUAGUGGCCUGGUAUCACUGAAGAGGCUUAACUUGUCUUCUAACCUGUUGACUUACAUUUCUCAUGGCACCUUCCCUAAGACCUUGAGGAGUCUUGACUUAUCAUCAAAUCAGCUGCUUUCUCCUAAUCCUGAGCUCUUUGCCACUCUUGACCAUUUGGAUCUCACCUUUAACAGAUAUUACUGUGACUGCCCUUUAAGCAGCUUGAUUGUGUGGCUAAACCAAACCAACGUCUCUAUAUUUGGAUCACAGGAUAAAAUGUUUUGUUUUGGACCCCCUGCUCUAGCCGGUGUUUCCCUUUAUGCACUUUCCGUAGGUGACUGUGAUGAAGACAAGAUGUUAGAGAUGCUACAGUUUGCACUCUUUAUCUUUACCUGUGUUACUGAGACAGUGUUCUUGGUGGUGGUGGUGGCCUUUACCCGCUUUAGAGGGACUUGUUUUAUGUGGUAUAAGACUGUAACAAGAGCAGUCUUAAAGGAUCCCCAGCCACAGUUGGAUGGAAAGAUACAUAGAUAUGAUGCCUACCUAUGCUACUGCAGCACAGACUUUGAGUGGGUCCAAAAAUCUUUGAUACAGCACCUCGAUACCCAGUACUCUGACAAAAACAGAUUUACUCUCUGUUUUGAACACAGAGAUUUCCUACCAGGGGAGGAUCAUAUAGCCAACAUUCGUGAUGCCAUCUGGAAUAGUAAAAAGACUAUCUGUGUUGUGACAAAGCAGUUUCUUAGAGAUGGCUGGUGUGUGGAAGCCUUUAAUUUUGCUCAGAGUAGAUAUUUUUGUGAUCUGAAGGAUGUCCUCAUUAUGGUAGUAGCAGGAUCACUUUCUCAGUAUCAGCUGCUGAAAUACCAGCCAAUUAGAGUCUAUAUGCAAAGGGGCCACUACUUGAGGUGGCCUGCAGAUGACCAAGAUGUGGGCUGGUUUUUAAACACUCUCUCACAUCAGAUAUUGAAAGAGAAGACAGUUAAGAAAUCCAGGAUGCUAGAACUGCGAACUAUAACUGGCUCUUAA